CUGCCAGUGUCCCGGAUGUGCAGGCGGGCUCUGUGUGCCGAUAUGUCUAGGCGGCGCUGAGCGAUCUUCACUACAAACUUAGUUUUUCAACAUUUAUUAGGGUCGUUCUGACUUACAGAUCUCGCCAUGCCGUACGCCAACCAGCCCACAGUGAAAAUCACCGAGCUGACGGACGAAAAUGUGAAAUUUGUCAUCGAGAACACGGAUUUAGCGGUGGCAAACUCCAUUCGACGUGUGUUCAUGUCAGAGGUUCCCACCAUUGCAAUCGACUGGGUUCAGAUCGAUGCCAACUCCUCGGUGCUCCACGAUGAGUUCAUCGCACACAGAGUGGGGCUCAUACCCCUCACCAGUGAUGACAUAGUUGACAAGAUGCAGUACUCAAGGGACUGCACGUGUGAUGACUUCUGCCCAGAAUGCUCUGUUGAACUGACGCUAGACGUCCGAUGCACCGAAGACCAGACGCGCCAUGUGACUUCACGGGAUCUGUUGUCCAACAACCCCAGAGUUAUUCCUGUGACCUCCAGAAGUCGAGAUAAUGAUCCCAAUGACUACGUGGAGCAGGAUGACAUCCUGCUGGUGAAGCUUCGAAAGGGCCAGGAGCUGCGCCUCAGAGCGUACGCCAAGAAGGGCUUCGGCAAGGAACACGCCAAGUGGAACCCAACAGCGGGGGUGGCCUUCGAGUAUGACCCAGAUAAUGCACUGAGACACACUGUGUACCCUCGCCCUGAGGAAUGGCCCAAGAGCGAGUACUCGGAGAUAGAGGAAGACGAAGUCCAAGCUCCGUACGACCCCAACGGCAAACCAGAACGGUUCUACUUCAACGUGGAGUCCUGUGGCUCGCUGCGGCCAGAGAACAUAGUGAUGUCGGCGCUCGCUGUGCUGAAGAAGAAGCUGAGUGACCUGCAGACACAGCUGAGCCAUGAGAUCCAGAGUGACGUCCUCACCAUCAACUAAAGCAUCCGAAAGCAGUGAAGCGGUAUUGGAGUGAUAAUGGGCGCGUAUAUGUGCUCAUCAUUGUUCGAGCAGCUAGUGUGGGGAACUGGGGAGAUUUUGUACAGGAGAAAAAUUGUUGUUUCUGUGUUUUUUUAUUUGUUUGAAGAUUGUGGGUGGUGGAGAAUAUUCUUGAUAAUAAACACAAAAUGUGAUGUAAA